AUGAUCGUGGCGGCGGGGAAAGACAUGUCCAUACCCCAAGGCAGCACGAUGAUGCCCACGAAAAGUCUGUGCCCAAUAGGUCUGGUGGACUGGCACGGUGGCGAAGAUGACGCCGCCGAUGAGGAAGAAGGUCAUCGAGAUGAGCAUGACGGCCGAGGCUCGGAAAUGGGUCAAGACCAAACCCGUGGCGCCGGCAGCGAUCAGUCCGCUUAUGGCGAUAGGGCUGAACUGGGCCGAGGUGAGAAGAGGGGUCUGCUUUCUCAAGACUUCGAGAAGAUUCAAAGAGUAGAAGACGUAGAUGCCGAAGCUGCCCCAGCCGGCGCUGAUGCAGGCCAGAACGAAGAGGGAGUCGAUGCGCAGGACGCCAAAUGGAUCAGCGGAUGGCUCACCCUCGUUUCGACGAACACGAAGGCGAUAAAAACGAAAAUGCCAACGAGCAUGAUGCUGGCGGCGACGCCGAGAAUGGAUCCCAAGACAUCGACACGCUGCCAGACAGUGGAAUUCCAAGGUUGUGGGCCCUUCGGCGCUGGGGUUGCGGGAAUGGCAAAAAUGGCGAGGACGGCCAACAAAAGGCAACAAGCUGGAAAAGACGCUGCCGACAAGGAAUCCUCCUGGGCCACUGGCACCAAACAGGCUGAACAUCAUAUUUUGGCGAAGGCUUGGAUCGUAGACGCGAGCGAGGACGGCGAUGGCAUUAGGAAGCAGGAAGGCCGGGCCGAUGCCCUGCAUGGCGCGGCAGAAGAUGAAGAAGGCCGGGCUACUGUAGACGGCAAAGCCAGCGACGGCCGACCACACUCCGAACCAAGCGUAGCCGCCAAUGAAGAAGAGCUUGUGGCCGAACACAUCGCCCAGGCGGCCGGCGAUGAGGAUGCAAGUGCCAACGGAUUGACCAAUAAUGUGCUGGGGUACGAUGCUGGUGGCAAGACAGGCUUGAGUGAGGAACUGCGAGGAGACGUUGACGGCGAUGAAGAAGAACUCGCCGGCGACGGAAGGGGGCCGUUGGACCCGGGCAUCAAAAUGUUGCAGCAGAUAGUUCUCUAA